UUUCUCUAAAGAUUCUAAAAAUCACCCUAGUGAUGACACGUGUGACUACCAAAAAUAUUGUACUUCUCAAUUAAUAUAUCGAAUGAUCCUGACUAGGCAAAUUAACAAAAUGGUUCGGUAGCAUUCGGAUAACUUACAUUACAUCAUUUUGGAUCCUGCUUCCGUUGACCUAAUACAGGGAAAGUGUGAAAUCGUGCAGUUGAGAUAUUCAAACUACAGUAGUUUAUUCUAUAUGAUGACACUAAUAUAUUUUGAUGAUUAAUACAUUCUUGCACAAAUUAAUAUAGAGUAAUACAGUUUUGUUUGAGAUGGUCAACGUCCAGGUUACAUUGUCUUUCUCUUUAGAGAUUAAGAGACUGCAAAACGUCUUGAGGGCAUCAAAAUAUAAAAUACUGCGGAACAUCGUAUCAGUAUAACAUUAUGCAAUUAUAUCUAGAGGAGAUACUGUUCUUUGUGCUUUCACUUUUAUCAAAAUAAUAUUUGUUCACUGAUACAGAUCUCAAAACGAGCACUUUUGGGCACGUUGGAUUACACAUGAGGGAGAUGGGUAUUGUUCUCUUUCCUUGCUUGCUCUUGUUAAGUACAUCCUUAACCAAAGGUUAUGCAGCUAUAACUAGAGCAAGUCCCUUAUCUUUGGGACAAACUCUAAGUUCCCCUGGUGGGACGUAUGAGUUGGGUUUCUUCAGUCCUAACAACUCUCAGAAUCAAUAUCUUGGGAUCUGGUUCAAGAAGCUUACACCACGAGUGAUUGUGUGGGUGGCUAACAGGGAAAAACCAGUGACAAACCUUGUAGCAAACCUCACUAUCAGCAUAAAUGGUAGCCUUAUCUUGCUUGACAGCAGUCAAAACGUUGUUUGGUCAACCAGAACACCUUCCACAUCUAACAAGUGCCAUGCAAAGCUAUUAGAUACCGGCAAUCUUGUCAUCGUCGAUGAUGUUUCAGGAUCUAUUUUGUGGCAAAGUUUCGAUAAUCUUGGGGAUACUAUGCUGCCUCAAUCAUCGCUAAUGUAUAAUCGUGCCACCGGUGAGAAGCGAGUAUUAACUUCUUGGAAAAGCACGUCUGAUCCAUCCCCUGGAGAUUUUGUGAUUCAGAUUAUGCAGCAAGUGCCGCCACAAGUCUUUACUAUGAGAGGCUCGACGCCUUAUGGAAGAAGCGGUCCAUGGGCUAAGACAAAGUUCGCUGGUGUACCACUGAUGGAUGAAUCAUAUGCAAGUCCAUUCAGCCUUUCCCCGGAUGUAGAAAAUGGAACAAUAAAUUUCUCUUAUUUACAAAGAAAUUCUGAAUUUUCCCGUGUUGUUAUAACAUCGGAAGGAUCAACAAAGCUUUUUCAGUACAAUGGGACAGGAUGGCGUCUUGGCUACGAGUCUCCAGGAAACCCAUGUGAUCUUUAUAGUGCAUGUGGACCUUUUGGAGUGUGUGUGACGUCCAACCCCACAAAGUGUAACUGUAUAAAAGGGUUUGUACCAAAAUCUAUGGAAGAGUGGAAGCGGGGGAACAUGACUUCUGGGUGUGUGAGACGCACAAAGCUCUCUUGUCAGACAAACUCAUCUACAAAGAUACAGGGAAAAGGCACAGACGUAUUCUAUCGUAUGGCCAAUGUAAAGCCUCCAGAUUUCUACAAAUAUUCAAGAUUUGCUGAUGAAGAUCAGUGCAAACAAGGUUGCCUCAGCAAUUGCUCUUGCACUGCUUUUGCCUAUAUUUCUGGAAUUGGAUGCUUGCUUUGGUAUCAGGAGCUAAAGGACGCAGUUAAAUUUUCUGUUGGAGGAGAGUUUCUUUCUAUCCGUCUUGCACGUUCAGAACUAGGUGGGGCUGAAAGGCAAUUUCCUUUAAAGAACCAUCAUCUAUUACAUAUUAAGUUAUUAAUAUUUUUUUUACUAUGUUUAAAAGUCUCAGCAGGAAGCAUGAGAACCAAGAUUAUUGCAAGUGGUAUCUGCCUUUCCAUCAUUGUAAUUUUGGCCUUUGCCUCAUAUAAGCACUGGAGAUACAGAGAAAAACAAAAUGCUCGGGUAUUCUUCAACAGUUCACAAGAUUCAUGGAAAAAUGAUUUGGAACCACAAGAAGUCUCAGGUCUAACAUUCUUUGAGAUGAAGACCAUACGAUCUGCUACUGGUAACUUUAGUGCCUCAAACAAACUCGGUCAAGGAGGAUUUGGUCCAGUUUAUAAGGUAAGAGAUAGUCUCCCUUUGCUCUUAUCAUGACUCUGAUGGAUGUCUGUCUGCAACUUUUUUUUCUAGGGAAAACUAUCAGACAUGAAGGAAAUUGCUGUUAAACGUCUUUCUAGCAGCUCUGGACAGGGGACAGAAGAGUUCAUGAAUGAAAUACAACUCAUCUCAAAACUACAACACAGAAACUUGGUUCGGCUUUUGGGAUGCUGCAUUGAUGGAGAAGAAAAGUUACUAGUUUAUGAGUUUUUGGUGAACAAAAGUCUCGACACUUUCCUCUUUGGUACGCUCCUUGUGCUACACUUGCAUCUACAUUUGUAACUUAUCCUUUUCCUUUUACUUCCAUCUUUAUAAGAUUGUUUUCUUCUCGCUUAAUGAUGUGCGCUCUGUUGUUGGCUAGAUUUGAGGUUAAAGCUUCAGAUUGACUGGCCUAAGAGGUUCAACAUCAUUCAAGGUGUUGCACGUGGGCUUCUCUAUCUCCAUCGUGACUCAUGCCUUAGGGUCAUACAUCGAGAUAUGAAGGUCAGCAACAUUCUUUUGGACGAAAACAUGAACCCGAAAAUAUCAGAUUUUGGAUUGGCCCGGAUGUUUCAAGGAACUCAACAUCAAGUCAACACUCGAAGAGUUGUUGGAACUAUGUCGGUGUCUAUACAUUUGGUCUUGCACAAGAAAAGUCUUACUUAUAUAUAAACUUAGCAGACUAUUUGUGAUAUGAAGCAGAGGAUACAUGUCUCCCGAGUAUGCAUGGACAGGGACGUUCUCAGAGAAGUCCGACAUCUAUGCUUUUGGAGUUCUGCAGUUAGAAAUCAUAAGCGGGAAGAAGAUUUCAAGCUAUAGCUGUGGAGAGGAAGGCAAAAACCUUGUUGAAUACGUAAGACAUUUUCUCUUACCUCCUAGUGUUCCAAAAACAAUAUUUAUAAUGCAGAAAACUUCUUUAAAGAUAAUACUUUCACCAAAAAAAAACACUUUUUUAUGGGUGUCAUUUUUAAACUAUAUGUCAGGCAUGGGACUCUUGGUGCAAGAAUGGUGGAGUGGAUCUAUUAGAUCAAGACAUUUCAGCCUCGUGUUCUCCAGCUGAAGUUGCUAGAUGUGUUCAUAUUGGUCUGCUCUGCAUCCAACAACAAGCUAUUGACAGACCAAACAUUGCAAAAGUAGUAUCUAUGAUCACGACUGCAGUAGAUCUACCGAGACCUAAGAAACCAGUGUUUGCAUUGCAUGUUCGAAACCAAGAGAGUGGUGUGUCAGUACCAGUGUCUGUGAAUGAUUUAACACAAACUGCAAUAUAUGGGAGAUAAAAUUUCCCUUAUGUAUCAAACUUGCUACAAUGUAAAAUGGAGAGUGAUCGCUUAGAUUUUAACUGCACAUGACUUGGUUUGGUUGUAAACAAAUUUUGUGUUAAUAAAGCUGACUAAUCAGUAUACAAUGUUUGUCUG